GCAAAAUAUCAAGCAGUCCGCGAUAUUCCCGGGCAAUUGUCGUCGCGAACGAAGCAGAUGUGACUGAUCAGGCAGCGUCUGAGUGGACGGGACAAGUGCGCAUGAACAAACCAGAACGACGCGAAAGCCGUUAAAUCCGUCCAAGACUCACCGCACCUCCCGAGCUUCCCUUCUCCUGAAAAGAUUUUAGUCACUUCAGUCAGUUGCCCUUGCAAAAUGUUGCAAACCGCCAUCAAUCAACCAAUCCGGCCUAUGACGUCGGCUAACCUUUCCCUGAACCGCCCCACCGGCGGAUGCCACCCUCGAAAUGACCCAUGUCAACAUGGAAAGAGCAACAAAACAGAAUUCGGAUUAAAAAGGAAGCUUCGUCCCAUCCGUACUUUCAUGGAAAGAACUCCUCUGUUUGUGACAACAACCUAAAUUUCUGGACUCGGUCACGGUUCCCUCCAGCACGAGUCACCAUGUCGCCGUCGGACCCCAAACCGGUUGAUGCUGCUGCAGCCGAGAAGCAACAGAUGCAUGAACCACCACAACCACCACUCGCACGGGCGCCUUCCCAGAAACAGGACGAACGCCUCGACUCCAACAGGCCUGAGCACUUGGACCAUCUCGACGACCCUGAAGCUCAGCAUUCGCCGAUGUCGCGUCGCCACACCAAUACCCAUAUGAACACCAGUUCCAGCAGCGACGAUGAAUACGAUACCGAAAAGGACAGCGACGAAGAUGCCGACGACCACGACGGCCACCGCAUCACCAGCCGAGACAUCCGACUGACCCGCACUCGCACCAACAGAAGCAUGAGACCCAGCACCAAGGAAGGACCGGAGUACGCCAACACCACUGGCAGACUCGACCUCGCCAAGACUGUUUCCCGUCGUGACACCGUCCUCUCGCGCCUGCGAUCCCGUCCUACCGCCCGGUACGAGUUCACCCACCCGCUGGCACACACCCCGACUGGAAAGGAUGUCAUCGUCGACUUCGAUGGCCCCGACGACCCCUACCGGCCCAUGAACUGGCCCAUGAAGAAGAAGGUGUUCACCACGCUGCUUUACGGCUUGAUCACCAUGAGUGCCAGCUGGGCUUCCUCCAGCUACUCGGCCGGUACUGCACUGGUGUCGAAAGAGUUCCACGUUGGCCAUCAGGUAGCCGUCUUGGGUACCUCCAUCUUCUUGGUCGGUUUCGGUAUUGGUCCGCUUCUGUGGGCGCCGUUGAGUGAGGUUUUCGGAAGAAGAGUGGCCGUCUUCGUGCCCAUGUUCUUUGCCAUAUGCUUCACCUUUGGUAGUGCGACUGCGAAAGACUAUCAGACUUUGAUGAUCACUCGCUUCUUUGGUGCCUUCUUUGCUUCGGCCCCUGUGACCAACACCGGUGGUGUACUGGGAGACUUGUUCUCGCCUGCCGAAAGAGGUAUCGCCAUGGCGGGAUAUGCCAUGGCAGUCGUUGGAGGCCCAGCUAUCGGCCCCGUCGUCUCAGCCGCAGUUGCCAUCCAACCCAGCCUCGGUUGGCGCUGGACCCUCUACCUCACCGGCAUCCUACAAGCCUUCGUUCUCGUCCUCGGCAUGAUCUUCAUCGACGAAUCCUACCCUCCGCGCCUGCUCGUCAACAAAGCCCGCCGCCUGCGCAUCGAAACCGGCAACUGGGCCCUCCACGCCAAGUUCGAGGAAUGGGACGUCUCCUUCUCCGAGCUCGCCCACAAGUUCUUGUUCCGCCCGGUGCAGCUCCUCUGUACGCCCAUCUGCUUUCUCGUCGCCUUGUACGCCAGCUUUUGCUACGGCAUCCUGUACAUGCAGCUGGGCGCCAUCCCCAUCAUCUUUGGCCAAGUCCGCGGGUGGAAGCAGCUGGUUGCUACUCUGCCGUUCUUGUGCAUCUUCCUCGGUGCCAUGAUCGGCUGCGGCGCGAACGUGUAUAACCAGUUUCUGUACAACAAGGCGUACCGCGCCGCUGGCAAUCGCGCCGUUCCUGAGCGCCGUUUGCCGCCUAUGAUGGUUGGCUCUGUCAUCUUCUCGGGUGGGCAGUUCAUGCUCGGUUGGACUGCGCCGAAGAAUAUUCACUGGAUCGUUCCCUGCAUCGGUCUGGUUUGCCUAGGAUCGGGAUUCUUCAUGAUCUUCCAGGCGGCGCUGAAUUACUUGGUCGAUACGUUUACGAGAUUCUCGGCCUCGGCGGUGGCUGCGAAUACCUUCCUGCGCUCAUGCUUUGCUUGCGCGUUUCCCUUGGUCGUUGGGCCCAUGUUCCAUAACAUUGGUGUGGGACCGGGAUCGUCGAUUACGGGAGGGUUUGCGGCUUUGUUGAUACCCGUUCCGUUUGUGUUUUUCGUCUAUGGAAAGAGGAUCAGGAAGAGGUCGAAGUGGUCGAGACCUAGCGUUUAUGACUGAGGGGUUGAUGAUGGAUGAUGUGAUGCAUGGAUCCUGCAGUGUGGGGAUUAUGGGAUGUUUUAUGAUGCAUUUUACGGCGUUAUGGGUCAUCUAGAGGAGAUACCAAAAGGUGCUAGCAUUGCGUUUACGCUUUGCUUCGAAGUUCUUGUUGUUGAGUCACAAGAAACUUCCAUGAUCGCGAUGUAGAGAUACUUGACGAUAGAUAGAUAAUACUAAUGCUCGAUCCUUCAA